AUGUCGGAAGAGCUCUGCUGUGAGGCUUGGCAAGUGGAGCCGAGGGUGGUGGUGGCAGGGACUGCCCUUCUCCUCUGUCUUCCUCUCAUCCCUCAAUGUGGGUCUCUUUCAGGGUUUCACUCCCUGCAGUGGAUGUACAGCUGUGAGCUGAGGGCGGACGGUAGCAAAAGAGGGCACAUGCAGUAUGGCUACGACGGGAGGGACUACAUCGCCCUCGACAAGGAGACCCUCACCUGGACGGCGGCCGUUCCCAAGGCCCAGAUCACCAAACACAAGUGGGAGAAGGAACUGGCCAUUGCCCAGAGACAAAAGGAGUACCUGGAGGAGAUUUGCAUCGAGUGGCUGCAGAAAUACCUGGCGUACGGGAAGGAGAGGCUGCUGAGGAGAGGUGAGGGAUGGAAUGGAGGAACAAGGAGGUCUCCUUCUGGGGAACCGGGGCCAUCUUCUCUGCCUCCCCGUUGUAACGACCCAGGUCCACCUAGAGGAUACCUAGUCGACGGACAGAGAGUAACUAGGAGUUUACACACCCUUGAGGUGCUGAGAGAGUCCUGGGGUCUCAGCAAGGCAUGCGUUAAACACCCUCUUACAAGUCUGCCCUAGUAAGAACACUACUGU